AUGGACAGUGCCCCGAUCGAACAACGUUCCGAUAGUGCUAGUGAUGGCACUACGGUCGACAGUAACUCUCCACCACUUGAUGAUAUCGAAACGGGCAUAAACAGCCCUCCGGCAACAUCAUCGCCUACCCCUGGCGAAGACGAGAUGAUGCAAUACAACACGAACAGCAUUCCCCCGGUUAUGCCGAGUGGGUCUCGAGAUACAACGAUUACGGCCAACCCGUCCAGUUCCGAUCGCCAUGAAGUCACCACUAAAGACUUGCGCGCGGGGUACAAUCCUUGGCUCGGUAUCAUAGACGCCAUCCCCAAAUUGCGACGUAUCAAGACCAUUGACACCAACAUGGAGUACAGAGAGGACCGGAUCCAAAUAUACAACUGGGUUGACGGUUUUCAAAACGAUCUCCCUUUCUUGUUGCACCUGAUGACGCUGGCUUUCAUCCCUUCCACGCCUCGUCUGACCAACUUGACUCUGGGAAAACCAUCUGACUUCAAAUAUGCCAACAAGAGGAUCACAGGCGCAUAUACUUACCCUCAAAGUUUUUUUAUGAUAGGUUCGGUAACAUUCUCUAGUCUGUUCAAAGGCGAAUUCAAUCGUGCGAUCACGAUUAAACCUUUGAAAAACUUCUGGCCUCGUCAAGCAUCCGUUCUGGCUGAAAUAAUGGAAGUAGACUUUGAUCGCAACCUCUUCAGUUUUAAGACAGUUCGAGACGGACUUGUAUUCACGACAUAUCCCAAGCCGAAAGAUCCAUCAGCGCCCCCUACACCUAGUAAGGCAUGCCUUAACGGCAAAACAUUCGGUCCACCCGUCCGACACUGGAAUGAAGAUGUACCCUUGUUCGACGCGACGAGGGAGUUCGAUCCCACGAAAUUUCACAAAUGCCCUCCAAUCAAAUCCGAGCUGGAGGAAGGAACCAUCGCAUUGCUGAUAUUCACCGCUACGAAGUACGGCGACGACGUGGGUUCUUUCAACAUUCAAAUUGUGGCCAAGAUACAUGAUCCACCUGCCGUUACAAGCGGCACUAUUCCGGCCAAACCGCUGCCUAAAUAUCUCACCAACCUUGGAGAUAUUGGUGUACUCGGCGAGGACUUUCCUGAGCCGACUUCCGAAGACGAAGAGGAUCCUCAUGACACCACCAGGGCGUAUCUUUAUGAGCUAACGAAAUACAAAUACGCGUAG